CUGGACUCUAGUUUGACUCGGUGCACCCUUCCUCCCCCCGUCUCUCUUUCGUCUCGCGACCCAACUCUCUCGUUAUAAAAUGCUUCCAAGAUACCCCCCACUUUGGCAAAGCUAAUUACGUUAGUCUUCUUAUUUUGAGAGGAAGUUCUCUCUCCGUUGAAUUGUCUCCUUCUUGAAGCCUCUACGUCUUCGGAUUUCUCUGGGAAUAUUACGCCGAUCUCCAAACUUCAAGAGAAUAUGAAGAAAGUGGUGUUGAAAUUGACCUAUCACGAUGAUAAAGGCAAGCAAAAAGCUAUGAAGAAAGUCUCUGGUCUAUCAGGGGUUGAUUCAGUUGCCAUGGACAGCAAGGACAAGAAAUUAACAGUGACAGGAGAUGUAGAUCCAGUGACUCUAGUGGCUAAACUGAGGAAGAUCUGUAGCACAGAGAUACUCAGUGUUGGACCAGCCAAAGAGCCUGAGAAGAAGAAGGAAGAACCCAAGAAAGAAGAACCCAAAAAACCAGAUGACAAGAAAAAAGAGGAUGCAUCUCAAAAGGCUUACCAGGCCUAUAUUCAGCAUUAUAGUCACCCCCCCAUAGUGCCAUAUCAUCAAAAUCCUUAUCAGCAAUACCCUCCCAUGGGGGCAUAUUAUGCUAAAAGUGUGGAAGAAGAUCCAAAUGCUUGUGUUAUUUGCUAACUGCUAGCUCUUUUGAUGAAUUCAAUUAAGACAAGGUUUUGUUUCAUUAAAUAUUAUAAAUGGUUUGCCUUUCUGCAACUCUUUUGAAGGGUUAGUGCCCUUGAGAUUCUGUGUACAACAGGUGUUUUUUUUUUUUUGGUUGGGGGGGGGGGGGGGGGGUUGAACUUUUUUUGUUUUUGU